AUGUCUUCAUCGUCAGGAAAAUAUAUUCGAUAUGUGCUGUUUGCAGUUUUUGGACUAGCAAUUCUGGGAUUCAUCUCGAGAUCGUCCCUCCCGCUGCCCUCAGACUACGCAUCCAGUCUCCUCCCGCAAACACAAAAAGGCGACACCCAAAACAACCAAGCCAGCGUUGUCGAUCCCAACACCCAAMCCCCCGCCAACACAGGUCUUCCGCCGCUGACACCCUCCGGCGAUCGAGUCAAUGCGACAUUCGUGACGCUGGCACGAAACAACGAUCUAUGGGAAAUCGCAAAAUCGAUUCGCGAAGUCGAAGAUCGCUUCAACCGCAACUACCACUACGACUGGGUCUUUUUGAACGACAAGGAAUUCGACGACGAAUUCAAACGCCUCACCAGCGCUCUCGUCUCUGGAAAGACGCACUACGGCCUCAUCCCCAAGGAACACUGGUCCUACCCAGAAUGGAUCGACCAAGACAAAGCUGCCAAGGUGCGCGAAGACAUGAAAGAGCGCAAAAUCAUCUACGGUGAUUCAGAGAGCUACCGACACAUGUGCCGCUACGAAUCUGGCUUCUUCUUCCGUCACGAGCUCAUGCUCAAUUACGAAUACUACUGGCGCGUGGAGCCCAGCAUUCAGCUGUAUUGCGACAUCUCGUUUGAUCCGUUCCGGUACAUGGUGGAUCACAAGAAGAAGUAUAGUUUUGUGUUGAGUUUGUAUGAGUACUACGAGACCAUCCCGACGCUGUGGGAUAGUUCGAAGAAAUUCAUGAAGGCGAAUCCGCAGCAUAUCGCCGAAGGGAACUCGAUGGGAUUUUUGAGUGAUGACGGUGGCGAGACUUAUAACAAGUGUCAUUUCUGGUCCAAUUUCGAAAUUGGUAGCUUGGAAUGGCUCCGAUCCGACGCAUACAUCGACUACUUCACCUCCCUCGACCACGAUGGCGGUUUCUUCUACGAGCGAUGGGGUGAUGCGCCAGUGCACUCGAUUGCAGCUGGUCUCUUGCUGAAAAAGGAGGAAAUCCACUUCUUCAAUGAAAUCGCAUACUACCACGUCCCUUUUACGCACUGCCCAACCGGCGAACAGACCCGUCUAGACCUGAAAUGCCACUGCAAUCCAUCCGACAACUUUGACUGGAAGGGCUAUUCUUGCACAUCCCGCUACUUCCACAUAAACAACAUCCCCAAACCAGAAGGCUACGAAAAGGAGGCCAACUGA